UGAUUGUCCGGCUUCUUUCCCCAUCGCGGUGGAUUGGGCGGGUAUUCAGAAGAGCUCAGGACAGUGGCGCUACCGUUCCUCCAUAAUGAUGAAAUCAACAUGUUACAGGCAGCAGACUUUUUCUUAUUAAGAAAGCCGGUGUCCUUGCAGGGUCGGGUCGUGACGACUCAUGGAUGGCCCCUCCCUGCUUUUGCUUUUAAAUCCCCUGCCGUGUAUUUAAUAUCAAUUGCCGAUAAAGAAAGGAAGUUUGACUUCAAUUGAUCGAUCAAAUUCUUGAUUCUGAAGCCAGCCAGCCAGCCAGCCGUCCCCUCACUGAGGGAAUUGCCGUUGGGGGACGUACGACUCUUCUGGGGAUUCAUUCCCAAUCUCCUUUCUUUGUCUUCCCUUAAAGUCACCAUCUUGGACUUCAAACAACUGUGCUGGUCAAAUACUGUUCCGUGAAAAGUCUCCUCCUACCUUUACCUUCUUCGAACGCCACCUCUGAAAUUGUGAACUGAAGAAGAAGAAGAAGAAGAAAAAAAAGGGAUCUGACGGUUUGAAGGAGGAGGGCGACGGGCGGUUCUUCUUUUCUUGGUCAUGGCUGCAGCAGCUUUUGAGAUCGAGAAGGCCGGGGACGUGGAGGAGGGAAAGCAAACAAGGGCGGAGGUCAACGGUGCCGUCGUUGGGGCUGAUGGGGUUCUCCCGGCGAGGCUGAGCCCUGCUGCCCGCCUGUUCCACGCUCCGAGGUUCAACUGCUGCAUAGUAGCAAUCAUGGGCAGCAAGAUCGCCAUCGACCCCGCCGUCGUCAAGUCGGGCCUCAAGGAGACUCUGCUCCGUCACCCUCGCUUCUCCAGCAAGAUGGUUGGCGAUGUGAAGAGAAGCGGAAAGAUGAAAUGGGUUCCGACCACGGUGAACUUAGAUGACCACGUGAUCGUCCCCACCGUGGACCGAGACAUGGACAACCCCGACCGCUUUGUGGAAGACUAUAUUUCCUACAUCACCAAGACCCCUUUAGAUGCGUCCCGGCCUUUAUGGGAACUCCACCUGCUGAACGUGAAGACCUCGGAUGCAGAGGCUGUUGGGUUUUUCAGGAUUCACCAUUCUAUGGGAGACGGGGCGUCCCUGAUGUCUCUCCUCCUUGCCUGCACCAGGAAAACCUCCGACCCUGAAGCGCUCCCGACAGUGCCUGAGAAGACACGGGCAGGCUCGGGGAGUUCUUCGGGUGGGUUUUGGCGGUUCUUCUUGGCUAUAUGGUCGGUGGUCAAGUUGAUCUGGAAUACUCUUACCGAUAUUCUUCUGUUUCUUGCAACAUUUCUAUUCCUUAAGGAUACGGACACUCCUAUUAAAGGUAAUCCUGGAGUUGGCAAGACUACAAAGAGAUUUGUGCACCGCACGGUCAGUUUGGACGAUAUAAAACUCGUGAAGAAUGAGCUCAAGAUGACAAUCAACGAUGUUGUGUUGGGAGUGACACAAGCAGGGCUCUCUCGGUAUUUAGAUCGUAGAUAUGCUGCCAAUGCGAAGGGCGAAAACGGGAAGAACGGGAAGAAAAUUAACAUCCCAAAAAACGUGCGACUCCGAGCAACCGUUCUCAUAAAUCUCAGACCGACUGUUGGAGUUCAGGCUUUGAGCGACAUGAUGGCUAAGAAGUCGAACGCGGGGUGGGGAAAUUGGAUUGGAUACAUUGUCCUUCCUUUCUCUGUUACCCCUCAAGAGGACCCAUUGGAGUACGUUCGUCAAGCUAAAGCUACCAUCGAUCGGAAAAAGCUCUCCCUUGAAGCCUUCUUCACAUUCUUAUGUGCCGAGCUCGUGCUCAAGGUUUUCGGAGUAAAAGCUGGAGGGGCGAUAGCAUAUAGAAUUCUCUCACAGACAACGAUGGCCUUCUCAAAUGUGGUUGGUCCGCUCGAGGAGAUCAGCUUUUACGGUCAUCCCAUGGCUUACCUUGCUCCCAGCGUCUACGGUCAUCCUCAUGCCUUGACGUUACACUGCCAGAGCUAUGUGGACAAGAUGACGAUAUCUCUAGCUGUCGACCCCGAAGUGAUUCCAGACCCUUAUCAGCUCUGCGAUGAUCUGGAGGAGUCUCUCAGUAGCAUCAAGGCCGCUGUCCUGAGGAAAGAUAAGGCUCCCGUUGCUGCUGCUGAACCCUAGCAUGAAUGCGUUCCUCGUCUUAAUACAGACCGGCUCCAUUCAAACAUUCUUGUCAAUGGAAUUCUUUUGCGGAGAAUCAAGGGAAAUUCUUUUAACUAGAUAGGCUCGGAAUACUUUCUGUGGCCUCUAUUGAGCUGGGCCAUUUGAUUGUCGUAUUAUUUGCAAGAGAUUCAACUUUUGUAAGUUCCCAUGGCGAAAGUUUUCGCUCUAUUUGUAUUUCAUUUAUUUGUCUGGAAUGACACUUGAAAUAUCAGUAACUAUCAUUUUACAAAUCAUU